AUGGCACAUAAAUUGGUUGCUCUUCCACCUCCGCAUAGAUUACUGAUGUUGGGAUACUCUGCUGGUGGUGCUUGCGUGAUCGGGAAGUUGGCAUAUUAUCAGUGCCUUUAUGGAUGUGCUAUAGAUAUUUUGAAAAAUGGUGAAGAACGCAUGAAGAUGGAGCUAGCUAACAUAAUACUUACUAAGCAUAGCAAUGAAAAAAAACUUGUUAAAGCUGUUAAAAAGCACUUCAUAGCUGAGCAUCUGUUCAGUGAUCACCAUCAAGAUGGUCCACUUUUCAGCUGGCGCCAACGCCAUUCAUAUGUGGACAACAGUUUUGUGGAAAGGGAGAAGGAGACUGAAGCAAAUAACUCUACCGGGGCCAGAUCAAUUUCUGGACAGACAAUUGUAGACACUAUUGAAAAGGAUCCAUUGGCUUGUAUUGGCUCUCCAGACAUCAACAAGCUGUCGGUGGACAAAAGCACCAUUCUGACGAGACAACAGCUGCAAGCCCACAGAAGUUAAUUGCCGGCAUCGUCCUAGGCAUGCUGAGAAAACUAUGCUAUAAAUUCUUAAGGAUCAGAAGAAGCGGCAUUUUAUAUGGCGACUUGAACUUGAUUUCUGCUCUUAUAUUCCAUAGGUUCCCGUGUUCUUAUAGUCAUUGGCAAAUGGGCACUAGAAGUCUUAUUUGCCUAAUGUGUCUCCUUGGUUGUUGGACCUUCCUGAAUUGUAUAUGCAAGUACCACAAUGUACUUGUAGA